AACAUGUGUUUACAUGCGUCACUUCCUCUAACUGAAACGCGUCUUGCUGCUCGGUUCUUUAUUCCGAUUCUCUAACAAACACUGGCAUAACCGUUUUUUGUCAUUAUUACUGUCAAUCUCGAUAUGAGAUUAAGGUUUAAUAACGAGUAUGACAGGCAGUCAUUAACAAAUUUAUGAAAAUAAUUUGCAGUCAUUGAAUUUCCCGCUGUGAUGCCUGUGUGAGGCGGGAGGCUGUUUGCUGGAGAAGUUGGAGAGUCGAUGCUAAACAUGCAAGUUACAGAUAUUGGGUCCAGAGAAGAUGGGAAAAUAUGGCACAGAAAAUUAGCAUCAGCGAAAUAUGGCGUCUUGGCCACUGUGAUCCGAAACGCGUCUGGUCGUCAAACCAAGACGGUUCGAUUCCUGCAAGUGGCUUUCGACACCACAGGAGAGUCGUUUCUUGCUGGUGAUCAUCAUGGCAAUAUUUAUGUGUUUGACAUUAGCAGAAACAGAUUCAAGCUGGUCCAGAAAACAGGCCAAGCAUGCACUGCUUUAGCUUUCAACUUGAGAAGAACCACAGAGUACCUGGUUGCUCUUGCUGAUUACUCCAUUAAGUGCUUUGACAAAGACACCAGACAGCUAGUGAGCUGGAUGCGGGGUCACGAGGGUGCCGUUUCUUCCCUGUCCAUCCACAGUUCAGGCAGCUAUGCCAUCAGCACUUCUUCUGAUACUGCUCAGCUCUGGAACCUUGACACCUUCCAGAGAAAAAGGAAGCUUAAUGUUCGUCAAUCAGUUGGCAUACAAAAGGUUUUCUUUCUCCCACACAGCAACUCCAUUCUCAGCUGUUUUAGUGACGACUCCAUUUUUGCUUGGGAGAGCGACACACUUUUUUGCAAGUAUCAGCUGCCUGUUCCACAGGAUGGGCCCAGAAUCCACUACAGGACAUAUGCUGUUACACAAGAUGGGAAAACACUUGCUGCGGCUGGACGCUCCAAUUUAGUCCACUUGUGGUGUCUGGACAGUCGACAGCUCUUGAGAGUAAUUCAGAUGCCUCCAAAAGUCAAGACAGUACGAUAUCUAGAUUUCCUGGUGGAUAGUUUUGAUGGUGGAUCCAACCAGACUCUGGGCAUUUUGAGCCAAGAUGGGGUAAUGCGCUUUAUCAACAUUCAGUCAUGCAAGCAGCUCUUUGAAAUAGGGUCCCACGAGGAUGCCAUCACCUCGGCAAGUAUUUGUCCUAAAGGCCACCAUAUUGUUGCUGUGAUGGACAGCGGUGCUCUUAAAAUCUAUGAUGUACGAAGUCUUACCCCAGAAAUCAGUAAGCCUCCCCAGCCUUUGUUGAAACAGGUCACUAGAGGCAACAUCAACGUGGGAUUGUGUUCAAAAAUGAAGGUGCACACUGGGGCAGGUCAGCGUCCUGUGAAAACGUCAGGACGCAGAAUAUCGUCUAAAGUUUUACACCCUGCUGUUUCUACACUGGAUGACAAAGAGAAUGAUUUGCCUAAUGGCCUUAACAAGAAAAGACUACAAGCAUUACUAAGAUCAUUUGGAGAGUACCCAGCCAAAUACAGGAUGUUUAUUUGGCGUUCUCUAUUGCAUCUACCUGAGAACCAUGCAGCUUUCAGCAGUCUGACUGACAAAGGCCUGCACUCAGCAUACAUGUGCCUUCAGGAGCGGUACCCCAUCAAAAGCCACAAACUACAGAGAGGCCUACAGAGAGUGCUGUCUGCUCUUGCUCACUGGGCUGCUGUCUUUGGCGAGACUGAUUAUCUCCCCCUGCUGGCCUUCCCAUUUGUCAAGCUGUUCCAGAACAAUCCACUGAUCUGCUUUGAAGUAGUGGCCACCGUCAUUGUGAACUGGUGCCAACACUGGUUUGAGUAUUUUCCCAACCCUCCGCUUAAUGUGCUGAGCCUGGCUGAGAAUGUGCUGGCCCAUCAUGAUAAAGAGCUGCUUCAGCAUUUUGUUGCCUGUGGUGUUACCUCACAGUUGUAUGUGUGGCCCCUUCUUGAGACCCUGUUCUCUGAGGUUCUGAUGAGAGAAGAGUGGCUAAAACUGUUUGACAACGUUUUCUCAAAUCAUCCCUCGUUCCUUCUAAUGGCUGUGGUUGCUUAUGUCACCUGCUGCAGAGCACCUCUACUGCUUUGUACUGAUAAGAAGGACUUUGAGUACUUUUUCCAUCAUCGGAAUAGCUUGGACAUCGGUGCUAUGCUGAAGGAAACCUAUCGGUUGAUGGACAGCACCCCUCCAGAUGUCCAUCCUAGCUCUGCGCUGAGUGACUUUGAACCUCUGACACAGGGGCAGUACCCCAUUUUCAACAAAUACCCCACCUUCAUAGUGGAGUACCAGUCCCAAGAACGUGAGAGGAUCCGGCAACAAGAAGUGGAAUAUCUAAGGGAGAGACAGGAAGUUCAGCAGCUGCAUGCUGAAGCGGUCAGACAGCAGGCUGAGUUUGAGGCCUGGUACAAACAGCAGGAGCUGCUACUGCAAGGAGAGGAGCAACGGAGAAGGAUUCUACAAGAAGAGGAGAGUAAACUUGCACAGCAAAGAGCCAGAUUGGCUGCUAUGAAGCGUGAGCUGAAGGUGAAGGAACUCAAUCUGAUUGAUUCUGCUAGAAGACGUUUUCUUAAGCACCAGCAGGAUCAGCGCAGAAUACAGCUCAAGAGACUUGAUGACGAGAUUCAGAGAAAGAUGGCUCUGCGAGAUCAGGAAACGGCAGCCACUGUUCAAGAUAUAGAAGUGAGACAAAUGGAACUGGAUGCCCAGAGACAACUGUUCGAACAGCAACUGGCUAAAGAGCAAGAGCGAGUGAGUCAAGAGGUGAGAGCAGAAGUGGAUACGAGGAGACGCAGAGCUGAAUUAGAUGACUGUACAUUUCAAAACCUCAUUCAGACAGAUGAAGACAUCAGUCAGAAAAGCAAAAAGAUGCUGGAAGAGUCUCUGGCAGAGGUGGGACAGAUGGAAGUGGAUGCUGAUUGGCAGGCCGAGGUUAUCAAGCGAUUGAAAAAAGCAGAGCAGAGGCAAGAGAAGCAAAGAGAGCGACUUGUGAACCUCAGCAAACAAACAUGUGCUAAAGAGGAUGAAAUAGUCCAGCUGAUGCUGGAAGUGGAGGGAAAGCAGUGGGAUGAUGUAGUAGCUAAACAAGCUGAACUGGAGGAGGAAAGACGGGCGGCCGCCACUGUUAACGCCCAGCGGAGGUCACUUAUCUCUCAGGAAACAGAAGAGACUGAGCAACAUCAUGGAAAACUGCAGAAGAGUCUAGAGGAUUCACUAAAUCGUCAGAAGGAAAAGAGAUUCCGAUCUCCCCGCUCAUCCAGAGGCCUUCUGCACAAGCCCCAGAGUGAGACCACCAACAUUUCCUUGAACACUCAAUCAGAUGAUUGCUUUUCUUUAGACCGUGGCCGAGGGGAGCUCGACUCUAAGGAAAGGGAGCUGAUGCAGGAAAUCAGAGAACUAAGGACGAAAUUAGCUGCCAGGGCCAGAGCGACUGACUUCAUCUCACCCUCAACCAGCUCCAUACACUCUCACUGAUCACAGUGACCACCAACACAGGGCCAAUGUGUGUGAGACCAGGCGCACAUUAAAGAAGAGCUGAAAGAAAAUGAUCUUAGACGACAUGAGAAUACUGCACAGCUUAUUGACGCUAAUCUUUGCUUUUAAUAUUUUGUAAAUGUCUUUUUUUUUUUUUUUCAUAUUUUUUUAUGGUGAAUGUCAUUUGUAUCAUCUUUU